CGUCAUGUUGUCCUUAUACGCAGUAGGUUAAAGUGAUUUGUGGGGCAAAUGAGCUGAACACACCGUGUUAACUGAGUCUAUUUACUGUAGGUUUCAUGCAAGUUUUAAAUUGAAGUUUUGUACAGUACAACAUGUCUGCAUUCAGUAGGAGCGCACUCUUGUUUUCUCUUGUUCGUUGUAUCAGGAGACAGCAGCAGUUUCCAUGCCUGGAGACCCUGACUCAUAUUAAAACUGCGCAGUCUACAGCAGCACGAGGUCGAGAUGUUCAUUCAUUUUCAGCGAGAUAUUUAGCAGACCGUGUAGCCAAGCAUCAUCCAUGGACAUUAUAUCAAAGAAGCCUGUCCACUGAGACACCAUCUAAAGAAGAUGAUUACCCACCUCUACCCGAAUACACCCCUAAUGAAGAGCCCCAAGCAAAGGAAGUGUUCAUCGUCCAGGUCAGAGGGAUUCCCUGGUCAUGUACUGCAGAGGACUUAAUUGACUUCUUUUCUGAUUGUAGGAUUCGAGGUGGAGUUCAAGGAAUCCAUAUAAUUCACAAUAGGAAUGGCAAGCCAACAGGACAGGCGUUCAUUGAGCUGGAGCACGAGGAAGAUGUUUGCAAAGCACUGGAUCAGCACAGACAUUACCUGGGACAGCGCUAUGUUGAGGUGUAUGAGAUAACAAACAAAGAUGCUGAAGCCAUAUUAAAGACUACACAGCCGAUUACGGAGUCAGAUGGAGUGGUGCUACUCAAAGGGCUUCCCUACAGCUGUACUGAGAAAGACAUCAUCCAGUUUUUCCCUGGGUUGGAUAUUGUUGAAGAUGGAGUUACAAUAGUCCUGAACAAGAAAGGAAGAAACUCAGGUGAUGCUUUUGUGCAGUUUGCCACAAAGGAAAUAGCUGAAAAGGCUCUAAAGAGAGACAGAGAAGUCAUUGGAAACAGGUAUGUUGAGAUUUUCCCCAGCAGGAAAAGUGAUAUCCAAGUCCAGUAUGGAAGACGGCGAAACGAGACUUCAGGUUCCACACCAGGAUCCGAGGACACGCCACACAAAAUGAAAACAGCAAAUGGUAGCCCUAUAUCAGCAACACAAAACCUCAUUCACAUGAGAGGUCUGCCAUAUGAAGCCACGGGAGAGGACAUUGUAAAGUUUUUCGCUCCCAUCAGACUGGUGAAGGUUCUUGUAGAGUACAGUCCUAACGGACGACCCACCGGUGAGGCAGAGGCCUACUUCAAAACACAUCAGGAUGCUGUUUUAGCCAUGUCCAAAGACAGAGAGUAUAUAAAGGAGCGAUAUAUUGAGUUGUUCCUGAAUUCAUCAGCAUCAAGGGAGGAACAAUAGGAUGAAAGUAAACUGUAUUUAAAUACAUCCCAGUGUAUUUAAGUUAUUCCAUGUAUGAGUAUAUUACAAGAAUACACAGAACUACAUUAAAAGUGAACUUUACAGA